AUGCUUCUCUUCCUUUACACACUCCUCCUUUUCCAUUACCUUCAGACAAAGGUAAACACACUUUGCCGAAUGAUGGGAGACCCCAAGCACCCACUGCUUUCCAAGGAUGGAGAAGUAACUAUUGGAGGAAUUUUUGCAGUCCACAGUAAACUAACAUUAUCUUCAUUUGAGUUUACAGAAAAACCUCAGCCUCUAUCAUGCUCCAGUGUAAAUCUAAGAGAUUUCCGGAUGGCCCAGAUUAUGAUUUUUGCCAUUGAGGAAAUUAACAGAAGUGAAAGUUUGCUCCCAAAUGUAUCUAUUGGCUACCAAAUUUAUGAUAACUGUGGUUCAAGACUGUUUUCUAUGAAUUCAACUAUGGCACUGAUGAAUGGUCAGGAGUUUGCAGCAGAGGACAGAUGCAAUGGACAAUCACUUAUUCAUGCUAUCAUAGGAGAAUCAGAGUCUUCAGCCACAGUAAUUCUGUCCAGAACCACAGGAUCUUUUAAAAUUCCAGUGAUAAGUCAGUCAGCCACAUGUGACUGUCUCAGUAAUAGGAAAGAUUACCCUUCUUUCUUCAGGACUAUUGCUAGUGAUUACCACCAGAGCAGAGCACUUGCAUAUAUGGUCAAGCACUUUGGCUGGUUUUGGGUGGGAGCUGUGAACACUGACAAUGAUUAUGGAAACUAUGGAAUGAACAUAUUCCUCAAUACAGCCCAGGAGGAGGGGAUUUGUGUGGAGUACUCUGUGAAAUUCUACCGAACAGAGACUGAAAAACUUAAAAAAGUGGUAGACAUAAUAAAACAAGGCACUGCAAAAGUUAUUGUAGCAUUUCUUACCAGUUUUGAGAUGAACAGUCUAUUUGAGCAGUUAAGUAUUCAGAACAUUACAGGCCUACAAAUGAUUGGUGUGGAAGCAUGGAUAACUGCAAAGAGUUUGAUCACUCCAAAGAGUUUUCGAUUUUUGGGAGGGUCACUGGGGUUUGCAGUGAGAAAAAUCAAUGUUGAAGGGUUUUCAGAUUAUGUCAUAAAAGAAUUCUGGGACACAGCUUUUCCAUGUUCACAAACUGAGAGAAAUUCUUUUCAAUAUGCACUAAAUUGCAGUGGAUAUCAGGAUCUACUUCCAGUGAAAAACUAUAAUGAAGAUGUGCCAGAACAAAGAUAUGCUAGCAACGUCUAUAAAGCAGUUUAUGCUGUGGCUCAUUCAGUACACAGUCUACUCAAAUGCAGAGAACAAGAAGGUUGUGACAAAGGCCUGACAAUACAACCACAGCAGGUGGUUGAGGCUCUGAAAAAAAUAAAUUUUACAGUAAAGUUUGGAGAUCAUGUGUGGUUUGACAGCACUGGUGGUGCAGUGGCCCAGUAUGAAAUUGUGAACUGGCAGCAGGACUCUGAUGGAUCAAUCCAGUUUAAACCAGUGGGAUACUAUGAUGCCUCACUGCCCCCUGAUCAGCGCUUUGUGCUCAACACUGAAAACAUAAUCUGGGCUGGAGCACAGCUGGGGUUGAUUCACAGAGUUGACUCACUUUAUAUCUUUAAAGGAAGACCUGUCUGCUGUUAUGACUGUAUUCCAUGUGCAGAAGGAGAAAUCAGUAAUGAGACAGAUUCAAAUAACUGCAGGCAGUGUCCAGGGGAAUACUGGUCUAAUGCUCAGAAAAAUAAAUGUAUAUUAAAGGCUGUAGAAUUUCUGUCAUUCACAGACGUUAUGAGUAUUGUGCUAGUCUUUUUCUCACUGUUUGGAGCAGGAUUAACUGUGCUGGUAGCCAUCCUGUUUUACAUCAAGAAGGACACCCCCAUAGUAAAAGCAAACAACUCAGAGCUGAGCUUCCUGCUGCUCUUCUCAUUGACUCUUUGUUUCCUCUGUUCACUUACUUUCAUUGGUCGACCCACUGAGUGGUCCUGUAUGUUGCGUCACACAGCAUUUGGAAUCACCUUUGUCCUCUGUAUCUCAUGUGUUCUGGGGAAAACAAUAGUGGUGUUAAUGGCCUUCAAGGCUACACUUCCAGGAAGUAAUGUCAUGAAAUGGUUUGGGCCUGCACAACAACGACUCAGUGUUCUUGCCUUUACACUUAUACAGGUUCUUAUCUGUGUGCUUUGGCUAACAAUAUCUCCCCCAUUUCCCCACAAAAAUAUGAAAUAUUAUCAAGAAAAAAUCAUUCUUGAAUGUCAUCUAGGUUCUACUAUAGGUUUCUCUGCUGUUCUGGGUUAUAUUGGCCUACUGGCUGUUUUGUGCUUCAUUUUGGCUUUUCUGGCUCGCACACUGCCUGAUAACUUCAAUGAAGCCAAAUUCAUCACAUUCAGUAUGCUCAUAUUUUGUGCUGUAUGGAUUACAUUUAUACCAGCUUAUGUCAGUUCCCCUGGAAAAUUUACUGUAGCUGUGGAAAUAUUUGCCAUUGUAGCCUCCAGCUUUGGUUUAUUAUUAUGCAUUUUUGCACCUAAAUGUCACAUCAUCCUGUUUAAGCCAGAACAAAAUACAAAACAACAUCUGAUGGGGAAAGCACCAACUAAAUCCAAUUAA